CACACACACACACACACACAUACAGAAAGGCACACAGCUGCAGGGAAGAUAGCAGGUUAGCAUGCUCAGGAUAGGAGGCUAACCUGCUCUCUCUCUCACAUACACACACAAACACACACAGCAAUGCAGUGUCUGAGGCUUCCUAUUGGACGGUGAGUGAGCCACAUCUUUUAAUGUGUGUGUGUGUAUUUUCAGUUAGGCCUCAACUGUGUGUGUGCGUGUGUGUGUGUGCGUGUGUGUGUGAUUCACCUGCCCUGCAUCAAACACAGGUGAUCAGUUUCAGGUAAGUCAGGAAGUGAUUUCACACACAAGUACUGCUGAUACUACUGUGUGUGUGUGUGUGUGUGUGUGUGUGUGUGUGUGUGUGUGUGUGUGUGUCAUAGGUCCAGAUGUAGUCUCACCUUAGAUUGACAGAGAGCUCACUGGGGGGAGCCAGCAGGUGGUGAUGUCAAGACGAGGUGCAGGAGGGCGGGGGAAGGGAGAGCGACCUGACGCCAUGGCGACCCUUCAAGCAGCCAAUGAAGAGCUUAGAGCCAAACUGACAGACAUCCAGAUAGAACUACAACAGGAGAAGAACAAGGUGAGUCGUCUGGAGAGAGAGAAGAGUCAGGAGGUGAAGGCGGAGCAUCACAGAGCAACGGUUGCUGUGACGGAGCUGAAAACUAAACUCCACGAGGAGAAGCAGAAAGAGCUGGCAGUUACCAGGGAGACGUUACUACGGCAACAUGAGAUGGAGCUGAUGAGAGUCAUCAAGAUCAAAGAUGGAGAGAUUCAACGUCUCAAUGGACUGGUGACAACGCUGAGGGAUGGAUCAGCCGACAAGGUUAGGACUGCCUUGCUGGCAGAGGUGGAGGAAGCGAGGAGGAGCUGGGAGUUGGAGCGAUGUCGCCUUCAUCAGGAGGUUCAGGAGCUACGAGGAGCGAAGAGGACAGCUGAGGAGGCUCUGACAUCGGCUCAGCAGGCCUGCCAGGCCCGGGCAGCAGAACUACGAUCAGCUCAUCACCAACACCAGGAGGAACUGAACAAGACGAAGAGAGACUGUGAGAGGGAGAUCCGCCGACUGAUGGAUGAGAUAAAGCUGAAGGACAGAGCUGUCAGUGUAUUGGAUAAAGCCCUGGGGCUGCAGGCGGGACACGCCCACCGCCUCCAGCUGCAGACUCAGGCUGCCGAGCAGCAAAUCGCAGCCCUCAGAGAUGCACAGAGGGUGGGGCUAGUCCCAGGCCAAGCCCCUAACCCAGCCCCUAACACUCCUCCUCAUAUUUCUCAGGAGGACCGGGACACUCGGAGGUUUCAGUUAAAAAUUGCUGAGCUCAGUGCCGUCGUCAGGAAACUGGAGGAUCGAAACGCUCUUCUGUCUGAAGAACGCAAUGAACUGCUGAAGCGCCUGAGGGAGGCGGAGAGUCAGUUUCUUCCUCUUCUGGACAAAAACAAACGUCUGAGCAGGAAAAACGAGGAGCUGGCUCUCGCGCUGCGUCGCCUUGACAACAAGCUGCGCUUUGUCACCCAGGAGAACCUGGAGAUGGUAACUAUGAGAAGACCGAGUUCUCUCAACGACCUGGACCGCACCACUUACCAUGGUUACAGCCAGGAGGAGAGAGAGAUGGAAUUUCUUAGGUUACAAGUGGUGGAGCAGCAACACAUCAUCGACGACCUGUCCAAGGCUCUGGAGACAGCCGGUUAUGUGAAGAAUGUUAUAGAGAGAGACAUGUUACUGAGGUACAGACGUCAGGACUCAGUAAGGAGGAAACGAACCUUCAGAGCCUGCAGGGUCAUUGAGACGUUUUAUGGUUAUGAUGAAGAAGCAUCAGUGGACUCUGAUGGAUCGUCUUUGUCCUUUCACACUGAUAGAACUCCAGAUACUGAACCAGAGGAGGUGUGUGUGCGUGAAGAGGCGGAGCUUCGUUACCGUCAGCUGACUCAGGAGUAUCAGGCGCUGCAGCGAGCAUAUGCUCUGCUGACAGAGACGAGCGGAGGAAACUACGACGCUGAGAAGGAGAUCAAGACCAGAGAGCAGCUGCUGGCUGAAAUCAGUCGAUAUGAAACCAGAGUUGCAGAUCUAGAGUCAGCUCUGAAACAACAAGGACUGGAUGUGAAGUGGGUGGAGGAGAAGCAGGCAUUAUAUCAAAGGAAUCAGGAGCUGGUGGAAAAGGUGAGGCAGAUGGACAGUGAAGCUCUGCGGCUGCAAAACGACAUCCAGGACGUCAAAGAUCAGAACGAGCUGCUGGAGUUCAGGAUCUUAGAGCUCGAGGAGAGGGAACGACGCUCACCUGGCAUUAACUUCCAACAACUAUAUUUUCCAGAAGGCCUCAGUCCCCUGCAGAUCUACUGUGAGGCGGAGGGAGUCACUGAGAUUGUCAUCAGUGAGUUGAUGAAGAAGUUGGACAUUCUAGGAGAUAACGCCGUAAGUAAUCUGUCCAACGAGGAGCAGGUGGUGGUAAUUCAUGCUAGGACAGUGCUCACUCUGGCAGAGAAGUGGUUGGAGUCUAUUGAAGUGACGAAGUCAGCUCUGCAACAGAAGAUGUUGGACAUAGAGAGUGAGAAGGAUCUGUUCAGUAAACAGAAGGGUUACUUGGAUGAAGAGCUGGACUACAGGAAGCAGUCGAUGGAUCAGGCUCAUAAGAGGAUCCUGGAGCUGGAGGCCAUGUUGUUCGAGGCUCUGCAGCAGGAGGACGAGUCCAGGAUGGAGGGACUUAAGAUGGAGGAAGGUCAUCUGUCUGAAACACUGACUGAGGACGAGAGGGAGGGGCUUCGCAGAGCAAUGGACCAAUGGAAACGCACUGUGAUGUUUGAACUGAGAGAGAGAGAUGCCCAGAUCCUCAGAGAGAGGAUGGAACUACUGCAGCUCACACAGCAGAGGAACAAGGAUCUGGAGGAAGUUAUAGAAGCACAGAAACGCCAGAUUAAAGAGCUGGAGGAGAAGUUUCUCUUCCUGUUCCUCUUCUUCUCCUUGGCCUUCAUCCUCUGGUCCUAAUACACACUGGGUCUGCAGGCCUCCAGCAGCUGCUCUCGGCUCCGUCUGGAUCUGACCAAUCACAGCAGGACUCAAAGGGCCUCAGGUUUGGAACCAGCAGUUUAUUGGCUGAGGGCCUCUGGCUGCUGUCAGCCAAUCAGAGCAGAGCCCAGCUGUCAGCUGACUUUGGACAUUGUUGCACCUCACAGAUGAAGACAAGGAUGGUUUCCAUGGCAACAGAUGGACAUUGUGUUUCGGACAUAAAACUACUACUGGCAACAUG